AUGCGGACGGUGAAGGUUUUUAUAUUGCUAUUGCUGUCGUUCGUCGAGCGCAGAAAGAAUCAUCAUCCCUUUGAGGAGAGAUUUCCAUGCCUGAGAGGCAAAUUUGGCAUUGUAGUCCCCCUUGACUUCACGAGCUGUCUGGAGAACCGAUGGUCCUACGCUUUCGCUUUUGGUGCCACAGCACCUCUGAUAUUUGGUUUGUUCUUUGGCUUCAUCAACCCUUUUCCAUACAAACUACCGCGCUACUUAAAAGUGUUUGUGUACUUGAUAUCAUCUAUGGAGGUGGGCAUAGUGAGCAAGCCGUUCUUCGCCUGCCUUUCAACGCCACACAAAAUGCUCGGUGGUGUUCUGGGCCUGCUGUAUACACUCGCCUGGUUUAUUGUGCAGCUGUGGGAAGUAGUCUGGUGUAAGAAAGCAUCUACACUCAAUGAGGAGGACUUGUUUGUUUUUUCUCUGCAGUAUGAGUGGUUAUAUGAUGCACCAAAUUUACUGUCUUUGGGGUUCCUGUUCUUCCGGUUUGGCUUCAUGAUAGUGAAUGAUGUCCUGAUCCGCGUGAAGAAACACAGCAAUAAGGAAACGGAAGAAAUGAAACAUCAGUACAGAUAUGUACAAAGAUUACUGAGGCGGCCUGCUGAAGUGUUUAUGCAGAAGAGCUGGUUCCAGAGGAAAGUGUAUGAGUGGGACCCAUAUUUUAAAUUCCCAAAUAGGAUCAUCGCCACUGUUGUGCUCUCCUUCCUUGGAGUAUACCUGGUAUGUAUUGUGUUAACUGAGCAGAUCCUAUCUUCAUGGUGUACUAAGAUGAUCUACGGUCCGUAUUUUUAUAUCUUUGCAAAUAAGCCAACUUGGACAACUUACCUAAACUAUGCAAUAUAUACCUGGUACGUCACAUCAGUGUGUGCUGCCAUCUCAUCUGUCAUUAACAUAAGUCAUGUGAUGGUCUAUUACAGAAAGCACAUUAAAUCAUUGUGGGCUGGAGAGAAACAAUAUCUGCCGAAGACAUUCACACUGAGACCUGCUGUUAGUCUGGCAGGACUUUUGAAAUAUCCUGGCUAUCAGAUUGCUUUCACAAUGUGGGGUUAUCUGAUCGUUCACUUGGCGAUGUUCACAGCUGGAAUGGUUUUUGUAUAUCUGGUUAUAUCACCGAUUCGGGAAAACGGCUUCCUCUCCUGGCUGCUCGACCUGAUAACCUUUCUGACAAAUUUCUUCAUUGUGUUCACUCUGAUGAAGCUUCAGCGUAUUGUAAUAAAAUGGGUUUUUCUGCAUGACAAAACCUCACCUCAUGAUGAAGAGAAACCACUGGCACUCAAUAACAGGAAAGCUUUUCACACCUUUAACUACUACCUCUUCUUCUUUAAUGUAAUCCUGGGCUUGGGGAGCUGUGUGCUGAGGUUAAUCAGGAGCGCCAUCGUGGCCUUGUUUCUUGUGUCACGUAUCGAGCGGACCGUAAUGCCUCAGGGCUUCAAGAAAUUAGAUGCAAGCCACUGUACAUGGGUGGGAAUGAUAAUAACAGAUCAUCAUCACAAUAAUCCAGUUCUGGUGUGUUUCUGCCACCUGCUGGUCAAACACAGCCUGCUAAGUGUUCAAGUAGAUUUAAAACCAGGUAACCUAUGUUCUACAGCAGUUCUGGCAAAGAAACGAGCUCACCUUCGCUGGGUCCUUGUGUACACCUUGCUGAGGAACCCUAAACUCAUCCUGCUGAGAAGGAAAUGCUGGGAAGCAAACAGGGAACAGUUAGAGCACGCCUUCAUCUGGGCCAUGACAACACACAGAGGGAAUAAAAACACCAUCAAGUCUGUCCAAACACUAAUUUCUGCCUUGCAUGGUUCCUCAUUUGCCUCUGAGAUUUGAUGGGAGGGUCUGAAGAGGUGUGUCCUCCUUAAAUCCUGAAGCAGAAAGUCCACUGAUCCCUUGCCGCCCCUACUCAUCACUCCGAAACACUCUAAUAGUGAAGUUUUGUUCUUGGCCUGCAUUGUGAUAAAUACAUAUGCAUUUAAUUAACAUAUCAAAUGAAAACUGAUUAUCCAGAAAUAAUCCAAAAUACAGCAUAUGAAGCAUGUUUAUCUAAUUACCUUUUUGUGUGACCA